AUGGCGGAGAACCACAGCAGUCCAACAGGAAGUACACAACCGUCGGUGUCGGCGGAACAGACGGAGGGACUCGUGUUUGAGGUUGCCGUGCAGAACAGCUCCUCCAAUCACAGCUCCCAGUUCGCGGACGUGGCUCUCCUGCAGAAGUUCAAGCCUCUGAUCAUUCCCUGCUACGUCCUGGUGGUGGUGGUCGGCGUCUUUGGGAACUACCUGCUCCUCUACAUCAUCUGUCGAGCCAGAAAGAUGCACAACGUCACCAACUUCUUCAUCGGGAACCUGGCCUUUUCCGACAUGCUCAUGUGCGUGACCUGCAUCCCCUUCACGCUGGCCUACGCCUUCAACCCCCGCGGCUGGGUCUUCGGCCGCUCCAUGUGUUAUCUGGUGUUCCUGAUCCAGCCGGUCACGGUCUACGUGUCGGUCUUCACGCUGACUGCCAUCGCUGUGGACAGAUAUUACGCAACCGUUCAUCCGCUGAAAAAGCGCACCACCGUGGGUAUGUGCGUCUCCGUCCUCACUGGUAUCUGGCUGAUGUCCUGCGGCCUGGUGGCCCCAGCUAUGACCCACACUUACCACGUGGAGUUCAAGGAGGAAGGCUUCACCAUCUGCGAGGAGUUCUGGUUGGGCCAGGAGAAGGAGCGGCGCGCGUACGCCUACAGCACCCUGAUCAUCACCUACGUCCUGCCGCUGUCGGCCGUCUUCGUCUCCUACCUCUGCAUCACAGUCAAACUGAAGAAAUGCGUCGCGCCGGGCCUCAGGUCCAAAGACCAGACCAGCAUUCAUCAGGCUCGCAAGAGGAAGAUCUUCCGCCUGGUGGCGCUGUUGGUGUCGGCCUUCGCCCUGUGCUGGCUGCCCAUCCACGUGUUCAACGUGCUGCGAGACAUCGACAUCCAGCUGAUAAACAAACGCUACUUCCUCCUCAUCCAGCUCCUCUGCCACCUCUGUGCCAUGAGCUCAUCGUGCUGUAACCCUUUUCUCUACGCGUGGCUACACGACCGCUUUCGCAACGAGCUGCGGGCGAUGUUCAAGCGCCAGAGACGUUGACGCAUCGGCGCGCCUGCCAAUCACUGUGCCCCCAAUGUGGUCUUUUAA